AUGUGCGGAAAGUUCCUCGAGCCAUUUGUUAAGGGUGUAAUGCCUCUAGACAACACGUCGCGUUUCACUACCAUGGAUGGAAAGCCAAUCCACCACUUCAUGGGCACAUCCAGCUUCUCGCAGUAUACAGUUGUGCCUCAAGAAUGUGUUGCUGUCAUCCCGGAUAACAGCCCGAUGAAUCUCAUGUGCUUGCUAGGGUGUGGAGUGCCAACUGGGAUGGGCGCCGCCAUGAACACAGGAAAGGUUGAAAAAGGAUCUACUGUUGCCGUCUAUGGACUCGGCUGCGUCGGCUUGGCCUGCGUAGAAGGCGCCAGCCUCUGUGGAGCAAAGGAAAUCAUUUGCGUUGAUAUUAACGAGCACAAGCUGGAGGUUGCAAAGAAAUUCGGAGGAACGAAAUUUAUCAAUCCUAAGAAAUUCGACAAGCCAAUCCAAGAAGUUAUAAUAGAUAUGACUGAUGAGGCAGGCAAAGAGAUCAGCACAAGGCCGUACCACUUCAUUGUGGGACGACAACUGAAGGGCUCCGUUUUCGGCGGCUGGAGGUCCAGAGAAGAUAUUCCAAAGCUCGCUCAGAAAGUCAUCAACGGAGAGAUCCGGCUGGAGAAGUACUGCACCCACAGCAUGCACUUUUCACAAAUAAAUGAGGCAUUUGACCUUCUCAAGAAGACAGAAUGCAUCCGCUGCGUCAUGAAUAUGCAAGAAGAGUAG